AUGUGUGCUGUGAACGGUACACCAGUGUGGGACACCUUUUUCUCCAUGGUCUGCCCAGAUGGUUGCAGCCUACCUACUUUGAGCGGCGGGUAUGAUCUCAACCUCUUCACCAGCCCUCCCAACAGCAACUUUCUGUGUUCUGUCUGCCACGGGGUUCUCAAGAGGCCGGUGAAGUUGCCAUGCAGCCACGUCUUCUGCAAGAAGUGCAUCCUCCGGUGGCUAGCCAGAGAAAAGACCUGUCCGUGUUGCAGAAAAGAGGUGAAACGUAAAAAGAUGGUCCAUAUGAAUAAACUCCGAAAGGCCAUUGGUCGCCUGGAAGUUAAGUGCAAGAAUGCCGCAGCUGGCUGCUUGGUGACAUGCCCCCUGGCACAUCGCAAGGGGCACCAGAACUCAUGCCCUUUCGAGCUAAUGGCUUGCCCUAACGAGGGCUGCAUGGCACGGAUGCCACAUGAGGCCUUGGCCGAGCACCGGCAGCACUGCCAGCAUGGUAUCCAACAGCGUUGCCCCCUAGACUGCAGGGCCACCCUGGACCCAGCAGAGCGUGUAAGCCACAACUGCCACCUCGAGCUGCGUGAGACCUGGGGCCAGCACCAGGAGCGCAGCCGGAAUCUGGUGCUGUGCCUGUUACGGCGCGUGCGCAAGGUGCACCACACCACCAACCUCCUGCGCCGUGGGUUAGCCCAGCUAGGAGACUUCCUGGAAGACAACGCGCUGCUUGUCGGCGCCCAGCAGGAGGAUGCGGAGGCAACCCCAGAAGGCAGCAUUGGGGCUGAGGUGUGGGAAGUCCGGGGCCAAAGUACCUUGUAAAUUGAGAGGUGAAUAAAUGCAGGCCCUGAUCUGACACUCGCCCCGCUCCUCUCCAGUCACUACUCCCAUCUCCCCGCAGGGACACUUUGGCUUCUCUCCCUCGACCUCUCUCAAGUUCGACACUGGCUAUUCUCCCUGCUCCAAAGCUCCUUCCCUCACUCUCAUUGGUCAGGCUUCCUUCCACUCAAAUGAAUGUCUCCUUGCAAAGGUUCCCCGCCCCAGGCUGCUUCUUAGUUACUUUCUACCAAUCUGUUUACCAGCUUCAUAGCCAGGAGCACAAAUGACUCAAAAUCCAGAACUCAGAGUAAAAGCAACUCACAAAGAACUCCAUUACCUCUGACCUCCUCCCCUUAGUCUCCUCCUUACUCCCUCCCUGCACCUAUAGGAGCUUUUGUUGCUCCUCCAGACCUAUGCACUGGCUGUUCUCAUCGUGAAGCACUGUUCCCCUAGAUAACCACAGGGCUCCCUGCAUCACCUACUUUAGGUUUUUGCUCGUGUCCCCUUCUCCAAAAAGAGUUCUCCACCACCCCAUUCAUAAUCGCAGCCCCUAAGCUCCACUCCAACCCUGGCCAAUCCUUUCCCCAGCACUAAUCAUUUAAAAUGUCACUAUUAGGGCUAUCUAACAGGAAAAGCAAAGGGGAAGAGAGGGGGGAAAAGUACAGAGAAUAAGUAGGGUAGGUGGUAGGUAGAAAAUAGACAGGGGGAGGGCAAGAAUAGAAUGGGAAAUGUAGAAGCCAAAGAACUUAUAUGUAUGACCCAUGGAC